AUGUCAGUCCGCUCAAUGCCAUCUCUACCCCAUGGAUUGGCUGGGAGUCAUCGUUGUCACCGCUCCUCUCACAUUCUUCCUCCGGAUUGUUGGGCGCGGUUCCGCUCAGACCGGGUCCUAUUCCUCGCGCGGCGCUUCGCUCGCUUCCAGCUCUUGCUGCUGGACAAUGGCGGCACGCAGGACGAACCAUCUCCCGCAUUGGGUCGGUUCCUCUCAGUCACAUUCCACCGCUUCUGGCGCCACUUCUACGUGCCUAUGGUUGGCAGGGUGCACGGUGACCGUAUACUCAAGAGGAAGUUACGGACCGAAAUUGAUCUUUGGUACUGGCAAGCGUACGACUGGUUGGAGAGACAUGUGAAGGAUCUGGGUUGUGACGGAUGCCAGAACAGGACCGGAGAGAGGUGCCGUGUCCGCCUCCGCUGGCUCCCUCCGUCGCACUCAUACACUGGGUGA